UCUGGCUCUACCCUGCUACAGCGCACCUGGGCAAGUCAAUCCUUUAGGAGUUCCAGUCUCUGCCCAUGCUGGGAAGUUCUACGACACGUCUCCCAGAGAUCACGUCUGCGGUGGGCUGAAUUAUGACGUUCUAGAUUACACUUGCUGUGAAAGAGUACUGCAUAAAGAGGCGCGGCUGUCUUGCUGUGGAAACAGGGUCUUUAACCUCACCCAGGCUUCCUGUUGUGAAGGUCAGGUGACUCUUAAUGUGAGCCAGCUGGUGUCAGAUUGCUGUGGGUGUCAGGCCUAUGACCCACUCAACCAGCUGUGCUGUGACUCUCAGAUCCUAACCAGGACCCAACCCCAUUCCAAGUGUUGCGGAAAAGAGCUUUACGAUGAAGACCACCAGCUCUGCUGUGGAAAUGUCAUUAAAGGAAAGAAGGUCCUGACCAAAAUGUCCGUUCACCACCAGUGCUGUGGAGACCACCAGUUUGACCAGCGAAGCCACUGCUGCUGCUUCGAUUCUGAACCACUCUCUCCAGAGCCUCUCAAUGCAAGCUGCUGUGCAUCAUCAGGGUCGAAUCACUUGGGAAUUGCUCCGACUUCUCCGAAAUGUAUGUCAGGGAAACAGCCCUGUGGUCUAGGUGCCUGUUUCAACCCAACAACAGAACGUUGCUGUGUGAACCCUACAUCUCUCCAGGGACAAAGUUACUCCCACGACCAGACCUGCUGUGAGGGAACACUACGCCACACCCCAUAUCUCUACAAUGGUGCUAGCUGUGGCUCUCAGGUUUACAAUCCAGACAGUAAAAUCUGCUGUGCCGGGAAGCUGUCCAAUAGGGUGCUUGGAAAAAACCUGUGCUGUGGUACAACGCCGUAUGGUGUAGAGGACCGAGGGGUGUUGUGCUGUAACCAGACCUUGCACUGUGAGGUGGAGGAUGGGUACCAGUGCUCCCCAGGUGGCCACUUGUAUCUGCCAUCCCGUGACAUGGUGUGUGGCACACGAGUUCAUCUGAACGAUCCAGACAAACACUGCUGUGGGGAGGAGACAUACUACCCUUGGAAUGAAAUCUGCUGCAACGGACACAAACACAGGGGGAACAAGUCCUGCUGCGGAGUCAAGGCUUAUGACCCCAGCUGUGACCAGAUGAAGUGCUGUGCAGGGACUCUGUACGACCUGCAGUUUCAGGACAGACUCUCAGAGGAAGCCCAGUGCUGUGGGAGUGUCCUGAUGGAGGCCGGCUCCACCCAGACCUGCUGCUCUGCCCCAGGGCUAGACCUGCUCUAUCCUACCCAGCCAGGGUUCACCUGCUGUGGGCACCGCUACCCCAACUCAUCCCUGUGGUCCUGCUGCGCCGGGGUCCUGCACCCAAGGCCUGAACCACACAACACCACCAAGAACGUGAUUCCAGGACCCAGGCUUCUACCACUGGGGGAUCUGAAGACUGAAGUCCUGUGUCAGAGCAAAGUUCUGGUAGGGACAGUGGAGAGUGUGUCUGUGAAGAUGAAUGAGCGGUCCAUCGUGAUGGUGAACACCAUGUACAUGCAGGCCUCGCGUGGCCAUGUCAGCGCCAUGGCUUCCCCUCACUACCUCACAUUACCCGACCACUGCAGCUCCCCUGAACUGGUGCUGGGCAACACUUACAUCUGGGUGAAAAAUAAUUACUCAGACACCAUAAGUUUCAUCUCUGAUCUCAGCGAUCAUUCCUCCCCUCUUCAUUCCAUCCUCUCCAGGUGCUCAAAAUGAUACUUUUAGCCUUGUUUUGAGGCAAUACAGUGUUUUGUUCACAAUUACAUUGCUUACAAAAAAUGUCUUUAAAACAAAACCCGUCCAUUUUGGGUUCUGAUGGGGUAGGACAGAUGAACUAAGCUCAUGAGGCAUACGUUAUAUUCUUCAAGAGUCCAUUUGUAUAUAAUUCAUUUAAAACUCAAACAAAAAUGUAUGUGGAUGAUGACCCAUUUAAGAUAUCAGUAUAUCUAAGUAUAUUUUUAUUUGCUUACAAAAAACCCAACCAUGUUUGUCUGGGUAGUGGUUUUCUGUUAUAUUAUUGCAAAUGGUCCUUUAAUGUUAAUGCAAUAUUUUCUUAAUAAUGUCUAUUCCAUACUGAAGCUAUUUACUCACUGAAACCCUUUGUUCAAUGUGACACUAACAUCAUUGGCGUGAAUCUGUCUGUGAAGUGAUUGCACCACAUUGUGAAACGGCAGGAAAUAAGCCUAUUUUCUAACCAAGCAAUUGUGUGUAGGUGUGUGACUUCACCAUGACCUCGUGACUUUUUCCACAUUGUGUUACGUUACAGCCUUAUUCUAAAAUGCAUUCAAUUGUCCCCCCCCCCCCCCCCC